UGCACCUCACAUGAUCACUUUCCACGACUCACUUAGCUUUGAACCGUCCGUGCUGACAAGGUAACUCAAUAUUUUGUAAGAUCAUACUGUCACAGUGAGGAUUCUGUUUGAAGAGAAAGGACCUUUCGCAGAUAUGAGAGCUAGAAAGUAAAACCGCUACUCCUCAGAAGCGCAGCAACAUCGUCUAGCGUCAACAUGUGGAGUGCUAUUUUUGGAAGCAGUGAGCCAGUAUUUGAAGCGGCAGGCGAAGUUUCAUUUAGCAUUAAUGGCUCGCCUUUCACAGCGGACGAGAAAAUUGCAUCAGACAUGACAUUAAACUCUUUUAUACGAGAUUUGGCGAAUCUGAAAGGAACCAAGUUCAUGUGCUACGAAGGCGGCUGUGGAGCUUGUGUCGUUUCUGCUACUGUCGUCCACCCGGUCACUAAAAUGAGGCAGACGCUCGCCGUCAAUUCGUGUCUAACACCUAUUUUCGCUUGUCAUGGAUGGGAUAUAACGACGGUGGAAGGCGUCGGCGACCGCCGCAAAGGCUAUCACGCAGUUCAAACGCAGCUGGCUAAGUUCAACGGCACCCAAUGCGGCUAUUGCUCGCCUGGAAUGGUCAUGAGUAUGUACAGUUUGCUGGAGCGUGGGAAGGCACCAUCUAAAACCGAAGUUGAGGACUCUUUUGGUAGCAACCUUUGCCGCUGUACUGGAUACAGGCCGAUUUUGGACGCUUUCAAAUCGCUAGCUUCAGAUUCAUCUCUUCAGGGCAAGACGAACAUCUGCGUGGACAUUGAAGACAUGGACAAAAUGUGCCCUAACAAAAACGAAUUUUGCUCGAAACUGUGCGGCUCUGUGGUCAUCCAGUCUGGGUCUGCCGUGUGGCGCAAAGUUGCCACUUUAGAUGAGUUGGUUGCUGUUUUGGCCAAGGUUGGAGAUGCACCGUACAAGUUGGUGGCAGGAAACACCGCCGAAGGGAUCUACCGCAGCGAGGGAAUCCAGACUUACAUCGACGUGAAAAGCGUUCCUCAACUGCGAAACAUUGAAGUCAAGCCUGACGUGAUUACCUUGGGAGGCAACGUUACCCUGACUGAAGCGAUGGAUUUUUUUAACGAAGUCAACACUGCCGGCUUCGAUUACUUGGUUCACCUUGGCGACCACUUCGAUUUGGUUGCCCACGUGCCAGUUAGAAAUGUAGGGACACUUGCUGGGAAUUUGUCCAUCAAACAUGCACACCCAGAUUUUCCUUCUGACGUUUUUAUGACGCUAGAUGCUGUCGGGGCUACUUUGAAUAUAAUGGAUAUUUCUGGAAUAAUCCAGAACGUAACAAUGGUGGACUUCCUUUUGCUUGGAAUGAACAAGAAAAUUAUUCUCAGUAUCCAAUUCACUCGGAAAGACAAUCCACAUCGUUUGCGCCUCUUUAAAAUCACCCCAAGGGCCCAAAACGCACACGCAUACGUGAAUGCAGGCUUCUUUUUCGAGUUUGAAGACGAGGUCUCGUGGAAGGUGGCUAGUGUGCCCAGAAUCGUAUUCGGCGGAAUUAGCCCGACAUUUACGCAUGCAAGAGCUGCUGAGUCGCUUUUGGUUGGGAAAGUUCUGCUAGACAACAAAACACUGGCCCAAGCCAUCACAGCUCUUGGUCAGGAAAUCCUUCCUGAUGACGUAUUGACCAAUCCUACACCGGAUUACAGGAGAAAAUUAGCACAAUCGCUCUUUUACAAAUUCGUUCUCCACCUCGAUCCAACCAAGGUGAGCAAAUUCCUCAGAUCAGGAACGGAAAAUUUACAGCGGCCCCUCUCUUCCGGAAUCCAAGAAUUCGAUACGGACGCGACUCUCUACCCUUUGAAUGAGGCGAUACCGAAAAUCGAAGCUCUCGCUCAGUGCUCUGGAGAGGCUCAGUACGUAAACGACAUUCCCUCAUUCCCGGACGAGUUGCACGGAGCAUUUGUCCAGACGACAGUGGCCACAGGCACCAUUUCCAGCAUUGAUGCCACUGCAGCAUUGGCAAUUGACGGAGUGGUCGCUUUUUACAAACACACGGAUAUGCCAUACUCCAACACUUUUACGCCAGCUAGUUUUGGCUACCUGGAGCCAGAGGAAGUUUUUUGCAGUGGAACAAUACUUUAUGCUGGUCAGGCAGUUGGAAUGAUUGUAGCCAAAUCUAGAGGGGUGGCCUUGGAAGCUGCAAAAAAGGUCAAAAUUGAGUACGCUGUUGGAAGUUCAAACCCAGUGCUGACCGUUGAAGAUGUUUUGAAUCAAGCUGGCAAUAGGAUUUAUCCUGUUCAAAAGGAAAAUGAGAAAGACAGCUCUAUGCGAUUAUCUGCUGCAAAAAUAAUAAAAGGAGACUUCUCACUUCCGAGGCAAUAUCACAUGACGAUGGAAACGCAGACGUGUCUCGUGGUGCCAAGAGAAGAUGACAACUACGACGUGUUCUGCAGCACCCAGUUCAUGGAUCUGGCGCAAGCGGUUGUCGCCAAGUGUCUCAAUGUCGAGGCCAGCAAGAUAAAUAUGUCAGUUCGUCGAUUAGGCGGCGGCUACGGCGGAAAAAUCACCAGGCCCCCGCAGCUCGCGGCGGCGUGUGCCGUGGCUUCUUGGACGCUUAACAAACCUGUGAGGAUGGUGCUUCCGCUAUCAGGAAACAUGGAAAUCGCUGGAAAGAGGUUCGCAGUGCGCGACGAGUAUGAGGUCGGCGUGGACGAAAAAGGCAAAAUUGUAUACUUGAAAGCAAAGGUUUUCCAAGACGCAGGCUGCAACCUCAACGACUCUCAACGAACCAUGAACACGACAAUUGCACACUUUACACACAGCGUCUACGACUCCUCCACCUUUGAAAUCGUCGGCCAGCAGAUCAAAACAGACACCGCCUCAAACACGUGGUGCCGCGGCCCCGGGUCCACGGAGGCUGUCGCUUUUCUUGAGGAGAUCAUGGAGAGAAUCGCGGGCGAAAUGAAUUUAGAUCCGCUCGAGGUUCGAUUAGCCAAUAUGUACGCAGUUGACAACCCCGUGCCCGCCAUGAUCGCCGAUUUAAAGGAAAAGGCCGACUAUGACGCGCGAAAAGCGAAAGUCGAAGAAUUCAACUCGCUGAACCGCUGGAAAAAGAGAGGCGUAUCUUUGGUUCCAGUGCAGUAUCCUUUUGACUUCUGGGGUGUCCGCCCUGUGGUUGUUUCUGUCUACCAGAUCGACGGCUCAGUCGCCAUUUCUCAUGGCGGAGUGGAAAUGGGUCAAGGCUUGAACACAAAGGUUGCUCAAGUUGCGGCACAUUUCCUCGGAUUGCCGCUUUCAAUGAUUUCCAUCAAGCCGAGCAACAACCUAGUCGCGGCAAAUGCCUCCGUCACUGGAGCAAGUCUGGGCAGUGAGAGCCUGAGCUAUGCCACGAUGCAGUGCUGCAAGGAAAUCUUGAGUAGAUUGUCAGUGAUUAAAGAAAAAAUGCCCGACGCCGAGUGGAAGGCUUUGGUUCGAGAAGCUCACGCACAAGAGAUAAGCUUAACUGCGUCUUACACAUUUACCAAGAGAGACAACGUCGGUAUUUAUUUCAUAUGGGGCGCAGCAAUGGCAGAAAUGGAAGUUGACAUUUUAACUGGGGAAAAGCAAAUUCUCCGUGUCGACCUUCUCGAGGACGCUGGGCAGAGCAUGAGUCCUAUGGUGGACGUGGGACAAAUGGAGGGUGCCUUUGUCAUGGGCCUCGGCUACUGGCUCUACGAGGAAUUGGUCUACGAUCACUACACUGGGCGACUUUUAACAAACUCAACUUGGAAUUACAAAAUUCCUGGCGCGAAGGAUAUACCUGCUGAUUUUAGAGUUUACUUCAGGAAGAACUCCAAAAAUCCAAACGGUGUUUUGAAUUCCAAGGCUACUGGAGAGCCGCCGCUGAACAUGAGUAUUGCGGCGUAUUUUGCGAUCACACAUGCGCUGAACUCUGCGAGAAAAGAUGCUGGUGCGCCAGCCGGUUACUUCCAACUUAAACCUCCAGCCACUGCAGAGCACAUCUUUAUCACAAGUCUCACGGAUGAAAAGGAUUUCAAACUUUUUGAGGAAGACGAAGAAUAAUCAAAACCAAUUUAUUUAUUACAGAUUUAUUACAGGGAAAUGGUGAAGUUC